AUGAGUUGGCGUCGAGUGUUCAUUGGGCAAGAGGUUCUGCCAGCUCGUAUAAUGACAAUGGGAGGCGCUUAUUCAACUUAUUUGCUUGACAUCGAGGGGACAGUGUGUCCGAUCUCGUUUGUGAAAGAGACUUUGUUCCCGUAUUUUACAGAGCAAGUGUCGCAAUUGGUGUUGCAGCAGGAUUCAGGGGACUCCCCGAUUUCUGAGAUCCUGUCACAGUUUCACAUUGAAGAUAAACAGCAGCUGCAGGCGCACAUCUUGGAGUUGGUGGCGAACGAUGUUAAGGACCCCAUCUUGAAGCAGUUGCAAGGCUAUGUUUGGGCUCAGGGCUAUGAAACCGGCCAGAUCAAAGCACCCGUUUAUGCAGAUGCCAUUGAUUUCAUCAAGAGAAAGGACCGUGUGUUUAUCUACUCCAGUGGGUCUGUAAAGGCGCAGAAGCUGUUGUUUGGAUACGUUCUGGACCCCAAUGUGCUUACGCACGAUUCAUUGGAUCUGAAUGCUAAUAUAAACGGGUAUUUCGACAUCAACACUUCCGGGAAGAAAACCGAGGCGCAAUCAUAUGCUAAUAUCUUGCAAGAUAUCGGCGUGGGCGCUGGCGAGGUCUUGUUUUUGAGUGACAAUCCUUUGGAAUUGGAUGCGGCUGCUGCUGUGGGGAUGGCUACUGGGCUGGCUAUACGACCUGGUAAUGCACAUGUACCCGAUGCGCAAAAGUACCAAGUCUACAAGAAUUUUGAAGAUCUUUAA